AUGUCGAACACGAAGACUCACAUCCUCGUAUUCCCAUAUCCAGCACAAGGCCACAUGCUUCCACUCCUCGAUCUCACCCACCAACUAGCUCUUCAAAACACAUUCACCAUAACCAUCAUCAUCACUCCCAAAAACCUCCCAAUUCUAAACCCACUCUUAUCAUCCCACCCUAACACCAUCAAAACACUCGUUUUCCCCUUUCCUUCACACCCAAAAAUACCCUCUGGUGCAGAAAACAUCCGUGAUGUAGGCAACACCGGAAACUACCCUUUCAUCAACGCUCUUUCCAAUCUCCAGAGCCCAAUUAUCCAAUGGUUUAACACCCAUUCUAAUUCCCCUGUUGCUCUCAUCUCCGAUUUCUUUCUUGGUUGGACUCAACAACUCGCCACAAGACUCGGUAUUCCAAGAAUCGUAUUUUACUCUAGUAGUACGUUUUUGGUAGCUGUCAUCAACUGCUGUUGGAGUAACCCGCUGCUGUUACAGUCGAAGGAGGUUGUUGAAUUCCCCGAAUUACCCGGGAAACCGUCGUUUAAGUAUGAACACCUUCCUAGCUUAGUCCUCCGUUACAGAGAAUCGGAUCCCGAAUCUGAGUUUGUAAGGGAGAGUUUUAUUUCCAACGCUGCAAGCUGGGGAUUCGUUCUAAGCACAUGUAAAGCUUUGGAUGGUCGUUAUUUGGAUUAUAUGCAGGCACAGUUCGGUAACAAUAGAGUUUAUAUUGUUGAUCCAUUGGGUACUAUCCGGGUUGAUGUGGAUCUAGACGGUGGAUCUGAUGUGUUAAGCUGGCUUGAUAGGUUGGAGGAGGAAGGUUCAGUGGUUUACGUUUGUUUUGGGAGUCAGAAGCUAUUGAGAAGAGAACAAAUGGAGGCGCUGGCAUUUGGGUUGGAGAAAUCCGGGACCCAAUUCGUUUGGGUUGUAAAGGAACCGUCGACGGUGGAGCAAAUAGAAAAAGGUUAUGGGUUGGUGCCAGAAGGGUUUGAGGAACAGGUUUCGGGUCGGGGGAUUGUGGUAAGGGGUUGGGCUCCGCAGAAGGCUAUAUUGGGUCAUCGGGUGGUGGGUGGAUUCUUAAGUCAUUGUGGGUGGAACUCGGUGUUGGAAGCAGUGGUGGCGGGGGUUGGGAUUCUUGGGUGGCCGAUGGAGGCUGAUCAGUUUGUGAAUGCAAAGAUGUUGGUAGAGGAUAUGGGAGUUGCAGUGAGAGUUUGUGAGGGGGCAGAUUCGGUACCCGACCCCGAUGAGUUGGGUCGAGUGAUAUCUGGAGUUAUGAGUGAGAGUAGUCGACUAAAGAAAAGAGCUAAGUUGAUGAAAGAAGAAGCAAUUGGUGAUGUGGGUAAGGAUGAUAUUUCACCUAAUGAGUUGCAUGAAUUUGUCGAAGCCUUGAAGCAGCUUGGUGUUAAAGAAGAAUCAUAG